AUGGCGCAAUCUCAAGUAGGCGGAUCCUACAACAAUCCCUUGAAGAAGUUCAAAUUAGUGUUUCUCGGCGAGCAAAGUGUUGGAAAGACAUCCCUUAUUACACGUUUCAUGUACGACUCGUUCGACAAUAUGUAUCAGGCGACCAUUGGCAUAGACUUUCUCUCAAAAACUAUGUACCUUGAAGACCGAACGGUGCGACUACAACUAUGGGAUACAGCCGGGCAAGAACGAUUCCGAAGUUUGAUACCAUCCUAUAUCAGAGAUUCGAGUGUGGCGGUGGUGGUGUACGAUAUAUCCAACGCGAAGUCGUUUCAAAACACACGAAAAUGGGUGGACGAUGUGCGUGGCGAACGAGGUAAUGAUGUUAUAAUUGUGCUGGUGGGCAACAAAACGGACUUGAAUGAUAAGCGCGAAGUCACGACACAGCAAGGAGAAGAAGAAGCAAAAAAGAAUAACUUGAUGUUCAUCGAGACCAGCGCAAAGGUCGGUCAUAAUGUCAAGAAUCUCUUCAGGAGAAUAGCGCAGGCCUUACCAGGGAUGGACGGCGCGGAGGGAAGUGCAGCCGCUGGAAACCAAACGAUUGAUGUCAAUAUCAAUCCCACGCCGCAGAAUCAAGAAGGUAAUGUUUCAGUAGCAUCAGCGAGACUCGCUAGACGAGAACAACGAUCUAUCGUAUCGCACAACAACAAGCUACUAGCCUUUAUUACUGGCUUUACAAUGCAACGCUAUUCGCCGGUACCAUAUGCGCCCCCUAUGCAUAAUUCGGUUACUAUUGGCCUUGAAGGCCCCUAA